AUGUCUUCUGCAUCCGUUGUCCCGGUUCUGGACUUCUCCCUGGUCCAUACACCUAAGGGUAGACAGGCCUUCUUGGACUCCAUGCUGGCAGCCUUACGUGAUGUAGGGCUCUUCUACUUAAAAAAUCACCCCGUGCAAGCUUCAUUGUUUGAAGAAGCUCGACAAGAAUGUGACGCAUUCUUCAGUCUUCCCGAUGUGGACAAGGCCGAAAUCGACAUUGCGAAUGUCCCCAGCUUCCUCGGCUAUACCAAGCUCGGAUCAGAGGUAACUGCCAACCGUACCGACUGGCGGGAGCAUCUUACCAUCUCAACACCACACCCUGCCCCGACGGGCGGGCCAGCCUAUCUGAACCUUCUCGCACCCAACCAGUGGCCUUCACCGGACAGGCUUCCACAUUUCCGCACCGUAUACGAACAAUGGAUAGAGCAAGUAUCGGACGUCUCCAACACAAUGCGCAACCUGGUGAGCGAAGCCAUGGGAAUCGACCCAGAACUGGUGAGCCGGUUCUUCCAGAACCAGCAGCACCGUCUUCGUCUCAUGAAAUAUCCGGAAAUCCCAACCUCGCAAGCAACAGACAAAGAGCAAGUGGGGGCUCCCUGGCACCGGGUUGUGACUCCCCCUCCUGGCCUGGGCCCCCGUUAUAGCAUUGCGGUGGGCACGGGUAUUGGCAUGGAUACCGCUGUGGCGGCCAAGGAGACCCAGGAAGCGCUGAACACACUGCGCGACGAUAUCUUGCAGCGUUUCCCCGAUGCACGCGAUGAGUUCCGGACGUUCCUCGCUGGCACAAGGGAUGGUGAGAGCGUCGGGACCCAGUAUCUGGCUCAGUACCUUGCUAGCCACCCCGAUAUUGCCACCAGAUGG